AACAAUCCAAGGAACGCAACAAAAACUAAAACCACCGGAUCUUUGGAGAAAGGAAAUUCACUCGCGUCCCAGAUGUCAGCGUCACCCUCAACCCUCGAUUCCCGUCGAAUUCGCGGUCGAUAGGGGAACCGGGGGAGUCUCUUUGGCGGUCGAAAGUCCGCGUUCCAUGCAUACAAGCGUAGUUGCUGGUCGAAGCGUGGUCUCCGGCUUUCUUUGCCAAGCUAUACCCCCGACGGAGUCUGUCGGGAGUAGUGGCAGCGUAGUACGCGCACGACGAACGAAAAGGGUCCCCGGGCAGGUAGAGAAAACACCUCGACGAGCGAAGGGGCCCCGAGGGUGUCAGGAAUCGAGGGGCGUGGCCGAGUUACGCCACCGCCCACACGGACACCAUAAUGGCCUCCGCGCGGCCAAUCGAACGGCUAGACGUCACAGCCGCGGAGUGGGGGAAUGGUGGAGCGGCCAAUCGGUGGGCGCGCUAACGGCCGGCGUGGGCGUGGCCUUGAGUGGCGCCACCGCGGCGACUUUCGGAAACCGUGCACCGGGCUCCGGGGAGAGGCUCGGGCUUCAUUAUGUAUCAUUAUACCGGUCCGCGCCGCGCGGUGUGCACUGCAGUUACUGGGCCAGGCGCGCGUGUGUGCUUUUCUCUCUUCUUCGUCGCCGUCGUCGCCUUCUUCUUCUUCUUCUUACUUCUGUACCCUGGCCGGCGCAUCGUCGUUACCGUUUUCUCACGUCGACAACCACGUCGGCCGAGCCACGAUGCUCAUCGGCGUCGAAUAAUCACGGCAUACGCGCGUGUGGAAAAAGCACUUGCUGGCUGCCGCUGAACGAGAGCGAGCGUGCGCGCGCGCGCACGCCUCUGUGUCAUCGGCGUACAAUUAAAUCACGCAGUUCGCGCGAGUGUACUGUCACGAUAGGACCGCACAGUAUUCGGAUCGACAGAUUACCGGUCCCCCGUCGGACGAGUUGGACCGCAAAUUACGAUACCGCCGAUCUUGGGGAUUUCCGAAUUCGGCCAAAGUGUCCCUCCAAAUAAGCCGGGGACCUCGACCCGGUGUGGUGCACGAUCGAGGCGUGAUUAACAGUGACGGUAAUUGAGAUCGCGGUCGGGUGGAUCGAGAGCGCGAUACCCGCGCUCCGUCGCGCAGUGAAAAGAAUCGCACAUCAAUGGCCGGUUUACGCGGUCGUGGAGAACGUUACCGCGAAUCAAUGACGAGCUGACGCGUGACGAGCUCGCACAGUGACGCACGACACUUCCUGUGCAUGACUUUGGUGUACAUCCUUUGUCGCCAUACAAACAACAACAGUUGGAUUCAGUUCCGUGAAAACUGCUACGCGGGUGAAGUGCUUUUCAGUGAUUUUAACUGUAAUCGAUAUAACUCAAACUUUCACCAAAAAAUUUCUCGUAUAAGUGUGUAUACGUGUGAACACGUGAGAGGAACAAUAUACAUAUAUAUACAUAUAUAUAAUCAAACCCAGUGACAAUUACAGUGACAGUUACAGCGAUUGAUCUAAUCAACUUCGAGUCAACGAACAACGAUCUGUCUCUUUCAUCGCCACCAUAGUGAAAUCAGCCAAAUCAUCCACGUGAAAAAAAAAAAAAAGGAAGAAAUAAAUCAUCAAAAAAAUCGAAGAUGUCAUCUCUUCUGCUCACCUACGAUCCAACAUCGUAUCCGUGAUCCAACAGUGAGGAGUCGCGAAUCGUGAAACAGAGGCCCCCAAGAUUCGGGCCCCGUACGGUGUUCGCGCGACGGCGGCGGCGACGACGUCGUCGGCGAGUUUGUCCGCGAGAACCGUAGGCUGUGGCGGCGGCAUCGACGUCGCGACUAAGGUGGAGCGUCCGGGCAGCACGACGACGCUCAACUUCACGGACCUGGGGAGCCCAUUCGGGGCGGGCGACCCCUGUCCGUCUAGUACCCCGACCCCGAACAGCAUGUCGGGUGGCGGUGGACCGUCAGGCGGAGGCGGUGGCGGCGGUGGCGGUGGUGCGGGUGCAGGAGGCGGUGGUUCCGACAUGGAACAGCAUCUUCAUCACACGGGGCUUGGCUCGGUGACACCUGGACCACCCGGCGGGAACGGCGGCGACAGCACAACCUCGAGCACGCCUGUCUCGCAGAGUGGCAAAUCGGCGUUCAUCGAGCUGCAACACAAUAAUCUGUACAACCCUGCCAGCCUGCGUGGCGGUUACCCAGGUGGGCACAAUGUGCCCGGCGCCCAUCAGUUCUCCCAUCAAGUCGGGGCGCUAAGUCACCAAACGUCUGGACCAGGCAGCGGGAACCAGCAACACGCGGAUGCAGGAUUCCCCAGUCCUAGGUCCGCGCUGGCCGGAUAUCCGUUCGCGCCCAUGCAUCAGCACAACGCUUACGGAUAUCACCUGGGAUCGUACGCGCCCCAGUGUCCCUCGCCGCCCAAGGACGGUGAGUACCCUAACUGGUGGUGCAUGUUCGCAGACCUCUCGCCAUUGGGUGACAAGGGUGGCAGUCUGGUCGACGAGCUUGGAGGUGGUGGCGGCGGUUCCUUGAGGAACGGUAAAGGGAAGAAGAUGAGGAAACCACGGACGAUUUACAGCAGCCUUCAGUUGCAACAGCUCAACAGGCGGUUCCAGAGAACGCAAUACCUCGCGUUACCGGAAAGAGCGGAGCUUGCGGCGAGUCUUGGAUUAACGCAAACGCAGGUGAAAAUCUGGUUCCAGAAUAGAAGAAGUAAAUACAAGAAGAUGAUGAAGGCGGCGCAGCAGGGCGGCGGUGGUGGCGGAGGGCAGCACGGUAGCCUUCUGGCCGGUGGAACCGCACUACCAGGGGGGCCAUCCCCUCAACCUGGUCAACCCGGAAGUCUCAUGCAAGGAGGAGGCGGAAGUUCGGUGUCGGGCAGUCCGACGACAGGCUACCUCGGCGGAAUGGGAGGCGGCGCGGGGGGUCACACCCCCGGCAGUUCGAGCCCCGGAAGCGAGAUGUCGCCUCAGCACAACGAGAGCCCGCCCGCACCCUCCUGGCCGGGCGAGAUGAAGCACCAUCCGCAUCCGCACGCGCCACCGCACACCCACCACCACCCCCACACGCCUGGCCAUCAUCCGCCGCCACCGCCGCCGCCGCCGCACCACGCGGGCUACAUGCCACAGUAUUCGUGGUACCAAGCGGAUCCUAAUCCCGGACUACUCACGGUGUGGCCGGCGGUUUAACGAAGAUGUCCUUCGAGCUGUGUUCAGGAGGAACUGUUUCUUCGUAGCGCCGCGGACGUGGCAGCGCCCCAAACUGCGAAUACGUAUACCACCUGUCGGGAUGGAAUUCACGUUCGAUGUUAAUAAAAAAGAAAAAUGAUUUUCCAUUCCUUCUAACGACAGCCGCGUGUUCAUAUCGGCCGGUUUUUGCGGCCCCUCGCGUCUCGGGGCCGUCCGUCGGUUUAUCGAGAGAGAAUCAAAUUCCCCGCGUUCGUGGAUCCGAUAGGGAAUCGAUCGUUGAGUCGAGAAACUCAAAUUCGAAAACGUUCGACAAAAUAUAUAUAUAUAUAUUCGCCGAGGAAUCGUCGCGGAGGAAUCACGGACGAUCUUGCAUCGCGAGACGGCGCGAAUUAGGCGCGUGAUUCGAGUCGAUGGAACGAUCGUGGACGAAACGAUCUGCGUUUUAUUCGUGGAAAAAAUGGUGGAAGGGGCGGCCCCAAAGAUCGGCGCGCUCAAAACAAACCGUGUGGAGUCUCCUCGAUCGGAGAUGGAAAAGUUCGCGUCUCUCGCGAACUUGCCCCUCGAUCGCGGGCGGAAUCUGAUAGAUCUCGGGUGGCGAUCGAUCGAUCUGAAGUAAUGGAUAGGAUUUUAACGAUCGUGGAACGGCGCGGGGACAAUUUCCGUUCGCUUCGUUAAAUGUCAGGAUAGCGAUCGAUGAAAAUGGCGGGGAAACGAGGAGGAUGGAUGGAUGGAUCACUCGCCGCGAGGAUGAACUCCGUCUCCAUGGUAAAUGUCAAUCUGGUGGAUGACGUUAGAUCGGUCGAUUCCUUGGCGACAGUUGGCCAACCGAGGCGGCUGACCCACUUCGUGAUCUGGAAGCUGGAUCUCGUCGGGCGAAACGAAACGGCGGCAAGAGCGAGAAGGGAGAGGCGGGGAGAAAAGAGGACAGAGCCGAGAGGGACGAACAGAGUGGACGGGAGAGGAGAGAAAAGGAAACGACGAAGGAGAGAGAGGGAAUUAAGGGGAAAGAAACAACGUUGCACAAACUCGAGUCGCCGAGAAACGGUCGUUCCUCAAGGCGGUUGGAAGUAAUGAAAUCCUAAUGACAUUUUCGUGAGUCAAACGAUCUCGGCAAUCACGGUGGCGCGGUGUAAUCACCGGUCCCCUCCUUUCCGGAUGAAGCAACCUAACCAAGGGGACCCUCCUCCGAAAAGGAGCGGAGGACGCGAAGAGAUACGCGCGAUUUACCACGAAACCCGAGGCCGUGCACAGCCACAGGAUGGAAAAAAUCAUUAUCCCGGUCCGACGUCGCGGCGGACAGUUCUGACAAGUGCGUCGGUUCAUUAAAUUCGUGAAGAAACGAACGUGAGAAAAGAGAAGAAUAAAAGGAGGGGGAAGGAAACGAAGAAGAAAAAGGAAACAUUCGCGAAAAAGAGAUCCUCGGAAAUGGGCACGGAUGGAACGAACGUUGAAACGUCUGUCCAAUUCGCGAUCAUCUCGUGAAAUCUUUCCCCUAACUUCGACUCGUUUAAUCGAAAAAUUCUCUUUCCUUCGAUAUCGUUCAACCCCCUCUCUGUUCGUAAUUCUCGUAUCGAGUAUUUCGAUCGUAUAAACCGAAGAGGAACAGAACGAAUUUCCAAGGUUUCACGCCGUUUUUACGCAGUUCCCCGUCGGCCAUGCCGGCUCACCCUUUGCCAUCCUGCCAUCGCGACGACGACUACGACGACGACCACCACCACACCGAUACCGAUGUUUCCUAGCUUUCAAAGAAGAGACGCCACGAAACCGCAGGAGAGAGAAAGAGAGAGAGAGAGAGAGAGA